UAACAGUCCAUUCGUUGCCUGCUAGACUGGAGCUACCGCAUGAGCGCACUGUCCCUAUCGCAUCAUAUGCGCGUUCGCUGUAUAAGACUGCACUUUGGAGAAGUCGACGACGCCUCACAUAUGCUUCAGGUGCUUUGCAGCUAAGUACAACACGGCCCCAACUCUCAGCACUGAAAAAUGAAGACCUACAUUGCACUUCUCGUGGCUGUUCUUCCCGUCAUUCAAGCAGUUUGUCCGGACAAAGAAGCCGGCCUGCAGCCGUGGACUCCCGGCCACAGCGAAGCCCACCGCGUCGUCAUUGGUUACGGCAGAAAGGUGGUCCUCACCUCCUCGGCCACGGUCCACUCCAUCGAGAUCGUCAACGGAGGAAAACUUGUGAUUGCUGACAGCAAUCGGCCUAUUGUUCUUCGGGCCAAACACAUUCUCAUUGGAAACAAGGGGGAGAUGCAUAUUGGUAGCCCUGACUGUCCUUACAAAGGCAACCUCACCAUAACCCUGUAUGGGAGGUCUGACGACACAGAUGUAGAACACAGCUACUUUGGGCGGAAGUACAUCGGUGUAGGAACAGGGGGCACUCUGGAGAUCCAUGGAGAGAAGAAGCUGGCCUGGACGUUCCUGAACAAGACCCUCCACCCCGGGGAGACCAACGAGGACAGCUACCACUUCGAGAGGGGCUGGGGAAACCGCGGCAUCAUCGUGCACGUGAUCGACCCCAAGACCGGGGAGGUGCUCCACUCCGACAGGUUUGACACGUACAGAAGCAAGGACGAGAGUCGGCGUCUCGCCCAGUACGUGGAGGUGGUGGAGGACGGCAUGAUCCUGGCCAUGGUGGUGAACGACGAGGGGUCCAAUAACCUUGAGGACUCGGCCAAGAAAGCCCUGAUGAAGCUUGGCAGCAGGCAGUUCCAUCGUCUGGGAUUCCGUCAUCCCUGGAGUUUCAUCACCGUGAAAGGAGACGUGUCCACCGCGGUGGAGGAUCAUGCCAUCUAUCAAGGGACCAAGGCCUCGUCUGAAGCAAAGAGCUCCCGGGUGUUCCAGUCAGGAUACGGAGAUCAUUUCACCGUCACCACCUCCAGUCAGUGGGUACAAGAGGCGGAAUGGACCGAGUGGUUCAACCAGGAUGACGAACGUGGUUCGGGGGACUGGGAGAAGCUGGUCGACCUCCACAAGGCCUUCCCAGAGCGCACCUGCAGCAACCCUAUGGAUAUACAGGCGGAGACCCAGGAUGGAGUCCCCUCUAACCUGACGGGGGAGGUUUUCUACAAGUACGACAAGGAGUUCGGAUUCGUGUGCCUCAAUAAGGACCAGCAGGAUGGCGUGUGCCACAACUACAGAGUGCGCCUCCUCUGCGGGAAGCUGGUGAGGCCCCAGGCGUCCAUCACCAUCGACACCCACUCCAACAGCACCGUCCUGGAGCUGGACGACGACAGCAGCAGCUGGCAGCCCGGGGACACCGUGGUGGUGGCCAGCACUGACUACUCCAUGUACCAGGCCGAGGAGUUCCAGAUCCUGCCCUGUCCCGCCUGCAUGCCAAACCAGGUCAAAGUUCAAGGGAAGCCAGCUUACAUCCAUAUGGGAGAGGAGGUGGACGGGGUGGACAUGAGGGCGGAAGUGGGCUUGCUGACCAGGAACAUCCUCAUCAGGGGAGAGAUGGAGUCCCGGUGCUACGGCAACGAGGCCUGCAAGUUCUUCGACUUUGACACCUUCGGAGGGCACCUAAAGGUGGAGCGUGGGUUCAAGGCCGUGCACCUCCAGGGCAUGGAGCUGAUGCACAUGGGGCAGCAGUCCAUGGGUCACUACCCCGUGCACUUCCACAUGAACGGAGACGUGGACGAGAUAGGGGGCUACGACCCCCCCACCUACGUGCAGGACCUGUCCAUCCACCACACCUUCUCCCGCUGCGUGACGGUGCACGGAUCCAACGGCCUCCUGGUAAAGGACGUGGUGGGCUACGACGCCCUGGGCCACUGCUUCUUCACCGAGGACGGACCCGAGGAGCGCAACACCUUCGACCACUGCCUGGGCCUCCUGGUGAAGGCUGGGACGCUGCUGCCCUCCGACAGGGACAGCAAGAUGUGCAGAGACAUCACCAACGGCGCCUACCCUGGCUACGUGGCCAACCCCAGGCAGGACUGCAGCGCCACGUCCACCUUCUGGAUGGCUAACCCCAAUAACAACCUCAUCAACUGCGCAGCUGCGGGCUCCGAGGAGACUGGCUUCUGGUUCAUUUUCCACCACGUUCCCACGGGGCCCUCGGAGGGCAUGUACCCGGCCGGGCGCACCGAGCACACCCCCAUGGGACGCUUCUUCAACAACCGCGCCCACUCCAACUACAGGGCUGGAAUGAUCCUUGACAAUGGAGUGAAGACAACGGAAGCGAAUGUCAAGGAUAAGAGACCCUUCCUGUCCCUUGUGGGAGCCAGGUACGGCCCGCACCAGGACUCCGACCCCUUCAAACCCAGGGUCCCGGCCCAGAUCCACCACUUCGUGGCCUACAAGAACCAGGACCACGGGGCGUGGCUGCGAGGAGGGGACGUGUGGCUCGACGACUGCCAAUUCGCUGACAACGGAAUCGGCCUUACCCUUGCAAGCGGGGGCACCUUCCCCGACGACGACGGCUCCAGGCAGGAGGUGAAAAACUCCCUGUUCGUGGGGGAGAGCGAGAACAGGGGGAUGCCCGUCCCAGACAAUCGGAUCUGGGGGCCUGGCGGGCCAGACCUGAAUGGACGAACGCUGCCCAGAGGAGUGAAUUUUCCGAUCCGAGGCGUGCAGAUCUAUGACGGGCCCAUAAACGUGCAGAACUGCACUUUCCGCAAAUACAUCGCCCUCAACGGACGCCAUACCAGCGCCUUCGGAUUCCGACUUAACAACACCUGGCAGAGCUGUCCCAACAACAACGUCACCGACAUCACCUUCGAAGACGUCCCCAUCACCUCCCGGGUGUUCUUCGGCGAGCCGGGGCCCUGGUUCAGCAAGAUGCAGAUGGACGGCGACAAAACGACCAUCUUCCACGACGUGGACGGCUCAGUCAGCGAGUACCCCGGCGCCUUCCUGGUAAAGGAUGACAACUGGCUGCUGCGGCACCCCGACUGCAUCGACGUGCCCGACUGGCGGGCGGCCAUCUGCAGCGGCCACUAUGCCCAGGUGUACAUUCAGACGCGCAACCCGGCCAACCUGAACAUGAGGAUGGUGAAGGACGAGUACCCGGAGCACCCUCUGACCCUGGAGGGGGCGUUGGGCAAGAGGAACCACUACCAGCAGUUCCAGCCGGUGGUCGCCCUGUCCAAGGGCUACACCGUACACUGGGACCGGGCCGCCCCCGCUGAAGUCACUGUGUGGCUCAUCAACUUCAACAAGAACGACUGGAUCAACGUGGGCUUCUGCUAUCCGAAAGGGACGACUUUCACCAUCAUUUCAGACGUCCACAACCGUCUCACCAAGCAAACCCGAAAGACGGGGGUGUUCCUGAGGACCCAUCUGAGGGAGAAGACGGAGCACACGCACCUGUCCCGGGGCUAUUACUACUGGGAGGAGGACACUGGACUCCUCUUCCUCAAAGUCAAGGCGCACAGUGAGAAAGACCCGUUCGCUUUCUGCUCGGUGAAGGGCUGCGAGAGGAUCAAGAUCAGGGCGGUAAUCCCCAAGGGCAGCGGCCCCAGCGACUGCAUGGCCGAGGCCUACCCCCGCUACACCGAGAUGCCCGUCGUGGACGUGCCCAUGCCCAAGAAGCUGCCCGCCAACAAGCUGCACACGGCGGAUCACUUCCUGGAGAUCAAGCUGGAGUCCUACAACACUCGCUUCUUCCACAUUAAGGAUGACUUUGCCUACGCGGAGGUCAACGGAAAGAAGAUCUACCAGCCAGACGACGGGGUGCAGCUGACCGUCAUCGAUAGCCAGUACGGCAAGGUGCUGGACAGCAAAGGGUUCCGGAACUCCAUCCUGCUGGGCAUCCCAGCCCAGAUCGAGGGCUACAUCGCCAGCCUGAAAGACGAAUCCAUAGUGAUAAUGACCUCCAAAGGACGCCUUGUGACCAGAGGGCCUUGGACGAAAAUACUUGAACAACUCGGGGCAGACAAGGCAGUGAAAUUGAAAGAUAAACUGGCGUUCGUGGGCUUCAAAGGGAGCUUCCGACCCGACUGGGUGAGAUUAGUGAUGGACGAGGAGAAGGCCAAAAUUCACCAAGUCCUGCCCAUCCCCGUGGUGAAGAAGAUGAAGCUAUGAGGACAAAGCUGAAAGCAAGGGGGAGGAGAAGCGGGUUCCCGCCGUCACCACCGCUCGAAAGAAUCGCGUGAGAUUCGCAGACGAUUCACCAGAAAGGACUACUGAACCUGUGCAAAUCAGAAGCAUGUGUUAGUAUCGCCUAGCUACUUUCCCAGUUGGUGUCGAUAUAUGUGACAAUGUGGACGUGUGAUUCGAUUGUAUUGUACGUUGACUAUACUUGACCUUAACGAAAACAGAAGAAAACAAAAAAAAAAAAACAUUCCUCGUUUUUGUCCUAUUCAGUGGUGUUGACCUCUCAGUCUCAUUCCGGAAGAGAUUUAUCCCUAUGCUGUGAGGAUUUCUAACGUAAUAGUGUGAUGCUUUUUCAUAUAAUUGUUUCAUAUCAGAAUUUGUGGUCCAUUUGUUAAUGUUGUAGAUGUACCAGCAAGAAAUUUUGACUAUAUCCUGUCUUAAGUGUCAAGGCCAUUCACAUCAGAAAUGUCUAUCCAAUCAGUCUGAACAGACUUUGUUCAAUAUCUAAUUGCAAGUUACCUGGAAAUGACUGACAUGGUUCAGAUUUCAAACAGUAAUUCGUUGGCCAAUGUUUUCGAUGUGGCAAGAAACAAGAUACUAGUUUCCCUUUGCCGAAAUAGCUGGUCUUUUUUCGGAGAUUGUAGUUGUUAGUGUUUUGUAUGUUAAAUGUGUUUCUAAUAUACAUCAGAUUGAUAACAGAGAUAUAUUUUAUACUUAUUUAUUGUACAGGCACAAUUGAACAAAUUUAGAAGGGACAUCUUUUGAGUUGUAAUGUAUUUGCUGUAUUUCUGUCCUAUCUGUAAAAACUGAUGCAAGCAUUUAAAAAAAUGUACUACCACAGACGAGUGUGUAAUUCACAAUAUGCAUUAUCAAAAGUUGUUUUAGCAGUACAUGGAAUGGAUGUAAAAUUAAUGUGACUCGGGCAUGAACAUAGCCAUGACCCUUUGCUUUAGAUUAGAUCUAAAGACUUUUGUACAAAAAUAAAUGAAUAAUUAAACCUAACCUUUUUUUCUUUUUUUGGUAAUACUAUGUAUUAAGUGACUUCAAUAAAGUGUUUCU